AGGGCUCUUACCUGUCGCUCGAUCUUCUGCCCCUUUAAGAGUCAGGCCCUGCGGUGUGACUACGCCUUUAAGGCGGUAUAGGAACAAAUCGUGUCCGAGAAACUGGGGGGGAGACUCGUCGGGGUCUGGGGCGGCUCCGACUCCGGCACGACAGCGAAUCCGCUGCUUUCGGUAGAUUUUAGUAGAGAAGCGUUGUCCUCUCUUGCCCGCUCCGCACAAUUUGAAAGCGCUCCCAGUUCUGCCCGUCGUGCGAGCAGGCGCCGGGCGAAGCCCCCGCGCUCCCGCGCCGCUUGGGCGCUCCCGGACGACGCUCCGCCCCUCUCGGUCCACGUGGCCGUGAGUGCCGGAGAGCAGCCCUGCUUCCCCGUGCGCUCGCGGCGCGGGCCCCGGGAUGGAGCGGACGCAGGCCGGCGGUGCUGCUCGGUUCUCUUGUCCCCCCAACUUCACGGCGACGCCCCCAGCUUCAGAGGCCCCGCGUUUCUCUUUGGAGGCGCUGACCGGCCCAGAUACAGAGCUGUGGCUUAUCCAGGCCCCUGCAGAUUUCGCCCCAGACUGCUUCAACGGGCGGCUUGUGCCUCUCUCGGGCCUCCAGGUCGUGAAAGGCAAGGUGGCAGGGAAGCGGCGCCGCUACCAGGUCCUCAGCAGCAGUGGCCCCCGGAAUGCAGAAGCAACUCUACUGGCCCCCUCAGCAGGGGCAGGCGGUAGACUCACCUGUGCCCCGGCCCCCCAGGGCAGCCUGAGGAUCAUCGAGGGUCCCCAACAGUCCCUGUCAGGGACCCCUCUGCAGCCCAUCCCAGCAAGCCCCCCACCACAGAUCCCCCCUGGACUGAGGCCCCGGUUCUGUGCCUUCGGAGGUAGCCUGCCAAUCACAGGGCCGGGGUGGGCCUCUGCACUGAAGUCACCCAGCUCAGGGAAGAGGAAGAAGAAGAGGCAUGUGCCACAGGCCACAGGGACUCAGGGGGUGGUGAAUGGGCAUGGAGGCCUGGAGGUGGACGCAGCUCUGGGGGCACCAGAAGUGGAUGCCAGGAAGAAGAUGGAGCAGCAGCUGAAAGGGUCAGAGGUGACAGGGCCUGCAGCAACGGAGCCCGCAGCUGAGAUGUCAGAGCCCCAAUGGGAGCUGCUCCCAUCCACCAAGAGGAGGAAGAAGUCCAAAGGGGCAGGCAUAGCUGAACCAGAAGUGGGAGCACCAGAGCCAGAAAGAAACACAGGGGAGCCGGAGCCUGUGGUUAAAGCCGAGCCUCAGGAAGAGACAGAGACGGUCCUGUCCCCCAGCAAGAGGAGGAAGAGGCCAAGGCAGGGGGAAGAGGCAGAGCCAGUGGAAGGAGUGACGGUUGUGUCUCAGCCAGUGGUGAAGGUGGAGCCGCAGGAAGAAGCCAUCCCACUGCCCCCCCUAAAGAAGAGAAAAAGGGAAAAGGGGCCAGUGGAGACUCUGGAGCUGGGGACUGAGGCACCGGAGCCUGAGGUGGCCCCACCAGAGCUCCCUGGGGGGGCGGUGGCUCCUGAGCUGCCCGGGGACCAUGAGCCUCCCGCCGGGGCAACUCUAGCACCCUGGAAGGAGAAGAAAGAAAAGUGGCAAGAUGCCAUGAUGGAGCCAGGCAAAGAGGUGGUGGGGCCUGAGCUGCUGGGUGCCCUAGAGCCCCAGGCGGCCUUCGUGUCUGCCAAGAAGAAAGAAAGGGGACAAAAAGUGACUGAGCCAGGGACGGAGGUGACGGAGCCGCCAAGGGAGAGAGUGGAGGCUGAGUCGGAGGCCACGGCAGCUCCGGGCUCCACCAAGAAGAGGAAGAAGCGAGACCGGGAAAACAGGGUGCCAGAGACAGCGCCCCAAGAGGAGAUGCCGGGGCCACCGCUGAACCUGGAGUCUGGGGAGGUGGUUCCCGCAGAGAGACGGGAGAAGAAGCGGAAGAGGCAGCUGCAGCAGGGUCCUGUGUAGUCUCCUCCAGGGAAACAGCACUCGGCAAAAGCCAAAGUGGCCCUUUUGGCCCCUUGGGAGGUGGCGUGAGGACCCUCCCCAGCGACUGCGCCAGCACACCCCACAGGAGCCAGACCGGGAAAGCGUUUAUUUUCAUACUGGGGUCUCCUUGGCAGCUGGAGUCAUCGGGGCACUUUCAAGAAGGGCUCGUGCAGGACAUCGAACAGCCUCCGGGCCUGGGAGCGGGAGGGAAUGCAGAACCAUCAUUAAACCAGCCGUGUCUGCUG